AUGGAGUUCAUAACCCCACUCAAUAUCUUACUCAGUACGGCUGGUGUUGUCCUCAACCUGGCUAACAUUACAGUCUUUCUGAGACAGGACUGGAGAACCAACAACGUCACGCUGACAUUACUGUCACUGUCAAUCACUGACUUCCUGAUUGUACUCACCUGUCUUAUAUUCGACCUAUUCAGCAUCUUCCAGACAGCACUGCCAACGAGUACAGUCGAUUUUCCUGCUGUCCAGUACUACAUUGUCGCUUGGAGUAUCGCCAUGUUCUCGGACAUCUCUAGCUUGACCACUGUCCUUGUAUCGCUGGAGCGAUGUCUGUGCAUCGUCAUGCCGCUCCACGUCCAGUCUCUCUUCUCGGUCAAGAGGACACUGACCUUCCUGGGAAGUUUGUGGAUCCUGGUCGGGGUCAGUUACACAGCUCUCUUCUCCACAUCGACCUUGAACUUUACCUACGACCAACGUUUCAACAACAGCAGACUGACGGUGUCCCUCUCCAAAGAAAGAAUGACAGUUGAAACGAUUCAUAAUAUCUCCAACACGAUUGUACUCCCAUCAUUUUGUGAGCUAACUGUCUUCGUCAACACCGUUGUCAUGGUGAUUGGUCUCAAGCGGUCAUCAAACUUUCAGAGAAAGUCCACCAAUAUUUCCUCUGGCCAUCACAGCAACCAUGCAUCCUCUCCCAAGUACAAAAGACUUGUGACCGUGGUGUGUUGUAUAUCUAGUAUAUUCAUCGCCUGCAACACGCCCACUGUUGUGUUUAUUUACUGUAAACAUUUCGUGCCCGGCUUCUCCUAUGCCGGCGACUAUAGGGACUCCUAUGCUGCCAGUAUGUACUCGCUGUUUCUCCUCUACGCCGUGAAUGCGUCAGUCAACUUUUUUGUCUAUGUUUCCCUCAACCGUCGCUUCAGAGACAAACUGAAAGAGAUUCUUGGACUUUCAGGGUCGGGAGUUCCUCAGUUCAAUCUGGACAAGUGUUAA